GGAGGUGUGUUUUUAGGUGCUGGAGGUGUUUCAGCUGCGGGCUGCCGCAGUGAAUCCUGGGAUAUCAGGUGCCUCUCUCUCCCGGCUGUGACUCAUCUCCCUCUUUGUUCCCUCUCUGGUUUUCAGUCGCCAGUUUCCUCGUUUUCGUCGCCACUGUUGUUUUUUUGUGUCCGGUUCAGACCCGACCCGCUGCUGCUGCUGUCCGGUUCCUCUUCCGGUCCGAACGCGCUCACACCGGCUCCGGUACCGACACCCGCAAACCGACUCUACACUCUUGAGCAGUUUCCCGUCUGUGCCUGUUUGCUGUCGCGCGGAGUCACCUGUCGCCGCUCACCUGCCGUCGCCAUGUCCCAGGGACGGUAAUGGCAGCAGAGCGCGACACUGACCGGGAGGACACGAGACACGCUCCGGUAAAGACGGAUUUGUAAAAACAGGAGACGCACAGAGACACGCAUGGAUUUACUGGACUCCGGACAGAAGUUCAGUCCCCGGCAGGACCAGGACUGGGACACCACCCUCCAGUUCCUGCCGGCGGCGGACUCGAAGCAGCUGGAGAAGAAGCCGGGCUGCAGGAGGCGGCUGUGGACCGGGGCCGGGCUGCUGGCGGCGGCGGCGGCGGUGGCUCUGCUGAGCGGACUGCUGGUCUGGCACUUCCACUUGCGUCGUGAUGUCAGGGUGAGGAAACUUUAUAUCGGCUCGAUGGAAAUUCGGAAUCAGCGCUUUGAGCCGGCGUACGAAGACUCCAAGAGUUCCCAGUUUAAGCACCUGUCCUCGCUGGUCAGCAGGCAGCUGAAGCUGAUUUACUCCAAAAACUCGGUGCUCGCCAAAAACUUUCAAGGCUCCACGGUGCAGGCCUUCAGCGAGGGAGAAAGCGGCGCGGACAGCGUCGUGGCGUACUACCAGUCCGAGUUUGACGUCCACGUCCUCCAGCAGGACUCGCUGGACGAAGCCAUCGAGUCUCUGGAGCCGGCGGCAGGAGGACAGGCGGGCCGACAGGGACGCCUGCUGCUGAAACCCGCCGACGCCCUCAACGUCAACAACGUCGUCUCACAAGCGAUAGACCCGCGCAUGACGAGGAGCAGUUUGUUUGUGAAAAAGUCAUUUAACAUCCACGUCAGUAAACCAGGAAUCGUCCAGUCUCCAGGGUUUCCGGACUCUUCGUACCCGCCGAACGUCUACCUGCAGUGGAGGCUGAGGGCCGACCGCGGACACCGAGUCCGCCUGGACUUCCACACGCUGAUCCUGGAGGACGACUGUCAGCAGGACUUCAUCAAAAUCUACGACUCCCUGGCUCCCAUGGAUCAGUGCGUCCUGACAGAACACUGUGGAUACCCUCACGAGUCUCUGUCUUUCCUGUCCUCUGGAAACGUCCUCCUGUUGACUCUGGUCACCAGCGAGGAGAAGAACUUCCCCGGCUUCAGAGCGAACUACUCGCAGAUCCCUCUGACUCAAAAGUGCGGAGGGACGCUGACGGCUGACAGAGGCUCCUUCUCGUCACCUUUCUUUCCCUCCAACUAUCCUCCGAAAACCACCUGCGUCUGGAGCAUCGAGGCCUCAAAGGAGAAGUUUGUGAAGGUUCAGUUCAACAAGUUCUUCCUCGGGAACGCCAGCAGCUCGUGUCGCAGCGAUUACGUCGACGUCGACGGUCAAAGACUUUGUGGAAACAAACCCAAAAGCACGGUGAUCACCAGCCGAAGCAACAAGAUGACCAUCAAAUUUAACUCGGACUCGUCUUACGUCGACCAGGGCUUCACCGCCGAGUACGAGGCCUUCGUCCCGAACAAUCCUUGUCCCGGGAGGUUCCAGUGCACCAACAACCUGUGCAUCAACACGACGCUGCAGUGCGACGGCUGGAACGACUGUGGGGACGGCAGCGACGAGGACAACUGCAAGUGCGACGCGUCUCAGAUGAAGUGCAGAAACGGACGCUGUAAACCCAAAUUCUGGGAGUGCGACAGCUUCGACGACUGCGGAGACAACAGCGACGAGCAGAACUGCGUAAAAUGUAAAUCUGGAGAGUUUUCCUGCAGAAACGGCCGCUGUGUCCCAGAGGAGCUCAAGUGUGACGGAAAAGACGACUGCUCGGACGGAUCGGAUGAGUCUACGUGUGAGAAAUCUCUCGUGCUGCAGCAGUGCUCAGAGUUCACGUUCCGCUGCAGGAACAAUCGCUGCAUCAGUAAACUCAACCCCGAGUGUGACGGACAGGAGGACUGUGAGGACGGCUCUGACGAGGACAACUGCAGCUGUGGGACGAGGCCGUUCCGCAGCUCUCGUAUCGUGGGCGGCGCGCCGUCCCGGGAGGGGGAGUGGCCGUGGCAGGUCAGCCUCCACAUCAGAGGAACGGGUCACGUGUGUGGAGCGUCGGUUCUUAGCAACCGCUGGCUGCUGACCGCCGCCCACUGCGUCCAGGACAGCGGCCCGAACAAGUACUCUCAGGCCGACCAAUGGGAGGCCCUGCUGGGUCUGCACGUGCAGGGUCAGACCAGCGAGUGGACGGUGAGGAGGAACGUGCGGCGGAUCGUCGCUCACAGGGACUACAACGCCUUCACCUACGACAACGACAUCGCUCUGAUGGAGCUCGACGCCAACGUUCACCUCAACCAGAACAUUUGGCCCAUCUGUCUGCCCGCCGCCACCCACCACUUCCCCCCGGGCCAGGAGGCGUGGAUCACGGGCUGGGGCGCCACCAGAGAGGGAGGUCUUCGUGCGACCAUCCUGCAGAAGGCGGAGGUUCGGAUCAUCAACAGCACAGUGUGCAAGAGUCUGAUGGAGGAUGAGGUCACAAACAGGAUGCUGUGCGCCGGCGUCCUCAAAGGAGGCGUGGACGCCUGUCAGGGCGACUCCGGCGGCCCGCUGACCGUCACCGGCCCCGGUGGGCGGGGCAUUCAGGCCGGCGUGGUGAGCUGGGGCGACGGCUGCGCUCGCAGGAACAAACCUGGCGUCUACACCCGAGUCACCAAAUUCCGCAGCUGGAUUAAGGAGAACUGCGGCGUGUAGCAGCAGAGCUUCUCUGGAUGACGGGUAUUUUUCCAGAUAAUUAUGACCGGAGCUAAUUGACUGUUUUUAUCGUUAUUUACAGCAGAAUGUGGGACAUUUUAAUGUUUUUAAGUUUCCGUGUUUCUGCGGUUCAAAAAAGCAGAAGCAUCUUUUACUUCAACAUAAUGGUUAGAAAAGGUAAAGGUUCAUUUUUAUGCCGCUGCAUUUAUCUGACAGUUAGUUUAGACCAUAAACUGUAUAUAAGGUGCAGCUUUUCAGUCUGUACCGCCCCCUGGUGUCUGUCUACAGUAUAGGUCAUAAAGCCCGCCCGCCAUGUUAGUGUAUGGGACAAAGGCCAAACUAAAAAACUCAAAGUACACGCCAAAAAAAGUUUCUCCCAAAGAAGCUUUCUGUCACUGAAGAUGUUCUCAUCAUCUUGAUGUUUGUUCUUGUUUUUGUGUUUAUGAUCAGUUCGGUUUUAAUGAGGGGGCUUUUCCACCAUGAUUGACAGCUGUGAUUGGUUGGACGGAUGUUUUGGUGGAGCUCCUGCUAGUCAGUCAAAUAAUUAAAAUAAUUAAAAAGGAAAAGCAGCAAGUCCUCAUACAUAGAGUUUAUAUGAGAAGCUGGAAAAA